GUUUGUUUCCUUCUUCAUCAAUCUCGCGAAUCCUGAAUCCUGUUCUAGGGUUCCUGUUUUCCCCGAUUUUAAUCAUGUUUAGGGAUAUACUUAUGGCAACUGCAACUAUGGCGACUGCUGCUGGGGCAGCUGCUCUUUUGUACUACACAUUAAAUCGUAAGCUGCAGAGAAGUACAUCUCAUGACGGUGAUGAUGAGAGUGACAAUGAUUCAGCUGGUAAUGCUUCUUUAGGAGCUGAUCGUAUUACGCAUAGAUUGAUUCAGGCUCCGGCAACGUGGUUAGAAACAAUUUCGACUUUGUCUGAGACUCUUAGGUUUACUUAUUCCGAGACUCUGGGCAAAUGGCCCAUUGGAGAUUUGGCAUUUGGGAUCAGCUUCCUGUUGAAGAGGCAGGGACACUUACGUGUUGCUAGUGUGUUUGGUGGUAAAGAUAGCAUACAGCUGAAAGAACCUGAUAUAGUUGCUGAACUUAGAUAUUUGUUACACUUGUUGACUCUGUGUUGGCAUUUUUCAAAAAAGCCGUUCCAUUUAUUUCUGGAGGAGACUGGUUAUGCCAAAGAAAAUGUUCUUCUUCAGGAACCCAAAGCAGGGAUUUUGAAGCCUGCAUUUACAGUUUUAGUUGACCACAACACUAGAUGUUUUCUUUUAUUGAUUCGUGGAACUCAUAGUAUUAAAGAUACAUUGACUGCUGUAACUGGAGCUGUUGUACCGUUCCAUCACACUGUGGUGCAUGAGGGAGGAGUCAGCAAGUUAGUUUUGGGUUAUGCACAUUGUGGGAUGGUAGCAGCUGCUCGAUGGAUAGCAAAGCUUGCUACUCCUUGCCUUAUUGAAGGACUUGGCAAAUAUCCAGGUUACAAUGUUAAGAUUGUAGGGCACUCUUUGGGUGGAGGAACUGCAGCACUUCUAACUUACGUGUUGCGUGAACAGAAAGAAUUGUCAACAGCCACUUGUGUCACCUUUGCUCCAGCUGCUUGUAUGACAUGGGAGUUGGCAGAAUCAGGGAACGAUUUCAUUACUUCUGUUAUAAAUGGAGCUGAUUUGGUGCCUACAUUCUCAGCUGCCUCAGUGGAUGAUUUGCGUGCCGAGGUAACAGCUUCUGCUUGGCUGAAUGAUCUGAGGAAUCAGAUUGAACGUACAAGAAUUUUGAGUACGGUUUAUCGUUCUGCUUCAGCAUUGGGUUCUCGUCUUCCAUCCAUAGCAAGUGCUAGAGCAAAAGUUGCUGGGGCUGGAGCAAUCUUGCGCCCAGUUUCUAGUGGUACACAGAUUGUGAUGAGGAGAGCCCAGAGCAUGGCCCAGGCAGCAUUGACACGCCCUGCACUGUUGACCCCAUGGUCGUGCAUUGGGCCCCGACAUCGGGGCACAGCUGUUCAAUCAAACUUGGGAGAAGAGGAAAGCAAUGAAAAUUCUCCCUUCCAAACAGAACAGUCUGAGCGUUUACUUAUGUCCCCCCAGAAAGCUCCAUCUAUAUCUGCUGUGGAAACCAUCAAACUUCCAGUAUCUUCAUCCACAGGACUGGAAUGGACUUCGGAAAUUGAGUGUUCCUGUUCUGACGCUACAAUUCAACACAUGGAUGAUGAUGUUGAUGCAGAUGAUAGAGAGGAGCUCAUGGACAGUAAGGCACGUGAAGACCACAUGACUGAAGUGGAAUUAUGGCAACAGCUUGAGCAUGAGCUUUAUGAUGGGAACAGAGAUCAAGAUGAUGUUGCAAAAGAAAUAAGGGAAGAAGAAGCUGCAGCCAUUGCAGAGGUAGUUGAGGGUGAGCCAGAGAACUCUACUCCUCAAAUGAAAGAAGUACACAGAUUUUUCCCCCCAGGAAAGAUUAUGCAUAUUGUUACUAGUCACUCUGAUGCCUCACAGCAUGAAUGCGAUGCCUCUCCCUUGAGUGAUACCGACAAUGGCCAGCAUCAAGUGGACUCAAAAAUUGGGAUUUUCCUCACGCCACGUUCACUGUAUAGUAAACUGCGGCUAUCUCAGACCAUGAUAAGUGACCAUUUCAUGCCAGUUUACAGAAGACAGAUUGAAAAGCUAAUUAAAGAACUUGAAGAGCAACAAUCACAGCACAAUCAAAAUCAUGGGGAACAUUCUCGUGAGGUAAUCUUAUAAGGAGAGUGAUUCCUUAAACCCAAGGCUAGUUUUUGAAUCAUAAAUGGAGAUUUUGGUUAACUCCUGAUAGAUUUUGAGAUAGUAUUUAUACCAAUUGAAAAGCCGUAUGCCCAAAAUUUACAGAGUUCAAUGCCUGAAUUGGCUGACAAAUCGAAGAUCAUAAACUGAAGUCAUCCUCAAGCCUCAGCUGCUUCUGCAACGAUGCAUCCAGUGGCGCUUUGUAUAUAAAUUGAUUCUUGCCUUUCUAAUUUGAAUUUUUUCUAGGGGUGGGGAUGCAUUUAGGUUCAAUGAUGCAUGUGAAAAAAUCAAACUGUACGAAGUCUUUAUCUUGAUGUUAAAAUCUUAGAAUUGUACAUAGGCUGAUAUCUUAUCUGAAAGAAAGAACAUUGAUGUUACAUUAAGAUUAGGAAAAUCAUAAUUCAAGAAAUGAAUAACAUAAUU